GGCUUGCCAAGUAUGUACACCAAAUGCUACAAAUUCUGUGUGGAGCCACUGCCAAUGUGUCUUAGCAGAUGGAGUGGAGCGAGGAAUUUUAACUGCAAAUAGAAUGAUACCAGGUCCAAGUAUACAAGUAUGUGAAGGAGACAAAGUAGUGGUAGAUGUAGAGAAUCAUAUGGAAGGAAUGGAAGUCACCAUCCACUGGCAUGGUAUUUGGCAGAAAGGCUCACAGUACUAUGAUGGUGUUCCUUUUGUUACUCAGUGCCCCAUUCAGCAGGGUACAACAUUUAGAUAUCAAUGGACUGCUGCAAAUGCAGGCACGCACUUUUGGCACGCACACACUGGCUUACAGAAAAUGGAUGGUCUAUAUGGUAGUAUAGUUAUACGACAACCUCCAAGUAAAGAUCCUAACAGUAAUCUGUACGAUUAUGACUUAACAACUCACAUAAUUCUAAUAAGUGACUGGAUGCACGAAGAUGCUGCUGAAAGAUUUCCCGGAAGAUUAGCUGUCAACACUGGUCAAGAUCCUGAGACAGUUCUCAUUAAUGGCAAGGGGCAAUUUAAGGAUCCCAACACCGGUUUUAUGACAAACACUCCUCUUGAAGUUUUCACGAUAACACCUGGGCGCAGGUAUCGAUUUAGAAUGAUAAACUCUUUUGGGUCUGUUUGUCCCGCACAAAUAACGUUCCAAAAUCAUCAAUUAACGUUAAUUGCUACUGAUGGUGAGCCUGUUCAUCCAGUCAAUGUUAAUACCAUCAUUUCUUUUUCAGGCGAAAGAUAUGACUUUAUAAUAAAUGCAGAUCAACCAAUUGGUGCUUACUGGAUUCAGCUUAGAGGACUUGGAGAGUGUGGAAUAAAAAGAUCUCAACAGUUAGCAAUUUUACGUUAUGCUAGAGGUCCAUAUCAACCAAUUUCUUCAUCUCCAACCUAUGAUCUUGGGCUUCCACAGGGAGUUGUACUGAAUCCUCUUGACGCCAUUUGCAAUCAACCACGUCAAGAUGCUGUUUGUGUUAGUCAGCUUAAAAAUGCUCGUUCCAUUGAUCAAGGCUUACUGCAAGAACGGCCAGAUGUUAAAAUUUUUUUACCAUUUCGAUUCCUUUUCUACCGUCCAGAAGAAGUUUUUCAACCAAAUACGUACAACAGAUUUCUUGUGGCACCAACAGGAGAUCACGUCAUUUCACUGGUUGAUGAAAUAUCGUUCACAUUCCCUCCUUCACCACCUUUAUCGCAAAUUGAUGAUAUUCCUCCAGAACAGUUUUGUAACGGAGACAACAGACCUGCAGAUUGUGGAGCUAAUUGCAUGUGCACUCAUAAAGUCGAUAUACCGCAUAACGCUAUUGUAGAAGUAGUUUUAGUUGAUGAAGUACAACAGCCGAAUCUAUCUCAUCCUUUCCAUCUACAUGGUUAUGCCUUUAAAGUGAUUGGCAUCGGACGCUCUCCAGAUAAAAAUGUGAAAAAAAUUAAUUUGAAGCAUGCUCUUGACCUUGACAGACGUGGAUUGCUACACCGAGAGUUUAAUUUACCACCUUCUAAGGAUACAAUUGCUGUUCCUAAUAAUGGAUACGUAGUAUUUCGAUUUAGAGCAGACAAUCCAGGUUACUGGUUAUUCCACUGCCAUUUUUUGUUCCACAUCGUCAUUGGAAUGAAUUUAAUUUUACAUGUUGGAACACAUGCUGAUCUACCACCCAUUCCACCAAACUUUCCAACUUGUGGUGAUCAUUUACCUCCAAUAACAUCACCAUUUCCGAAUGAUAGCUUUUGAUAGGGUUAUUAUUUAACAAAUUAGAUAAUGAAGGAAUAAGUUACUCGUUCAAAGAGACUGCA